ACACUGUAUAAAUGAAAGGACAGUAAGGAGAGCAGAACAAACUCCUAACAGGAGGAGACUCACUCAUGGCCUAUGAGACAGAGAAACAUGAGACUCAAUACUGCUUUCCUGCCAUCAACUCAUCAUGUAUCAAGGGAAAACGCUCCAGACAUGAAUACAAUAUCAUGUAUGUGUUUUUUUCAUUGCUGUCAGCAUGGACUGUGUUUGUGAACCUGCUGGUGAUCAUCUCCAUCUCUCACUUCAAGAAGCUUCACACUCCAACCAACCUGAUCAUUCUCUCUCUGGCUGUGGCUGACCUGCUUGUUGGACUUAUUGUGAUGCCCAUAGAAGCCAUUAUGCUGAUUGAGAAGUGCUGGUACUUUGGCAAAACUGCCUGUGGACUGUUCACUAUGACCCUUGGUCUGAUUAUCUCAGCAUCUCUCAGUAAUUCAGUAUUAAUUGCGAUUGAUCGUUAUGUGGCUGUGUGUCACCCUUUACAGUACCCACAGAAAAUAACAAUAACUAAAACCAUAAUGACCAUCUGUCUUUGUUGGUUUUGCUCUUCAGGUUAUAGCACUGCCCUGUCAAGCAGCAAUGGACGUUUUGACACAUCACACGAAACAGAUGCAUGUUAUGGUGUGUGUUCUGUCAUGAUAAGUUUUACAUGGAUAGUCACUGAUCUGUUCAUAUCCUUGCUGUUUCCUUGUACCCUGAUCAUAACUUUAUAUUUGAGGAUAUUUUAUGUUGUACAUCAUCAAGUGAAAGUAAUAAACUCUCUGAUGAAGGGUGGUAAAUGUGUAAUGGAAGGUUCAGUGAGGAGGAAAUCUGAGAGCAAAGCUGCUCUGACAUUAGGAAUCAUUGUGGCAAUUCAUAUUCUCUGCUGGUUACCUCUCUAUAUUUUUUCUCUUGCAGGGAAUACAGUAAUUUCCUCUGUAAUAGUGAAUGUUAUAACAUGGGUCUUCUAUAUUAACUCAGGCCUGAAUCCUCUAAUCUAUGCUUUAUUUUACCCUUGGUUUAGAAGGUCAGUUAAACACAUCCUAUCACUUAAGAUAUUUCAGUCAGCAUCAUCUUUGGUGGACAUUUUUACAAAUUAUCAUUCAUGAGUGCUGUAUUUCACAGUGUAUUUGUGUUUGGUAAAGCUCACUUUCAAGCUGCACCCUUUGAUAUAAGGCACCAUGAACAAUAUUACAUAUUACAUUUUAUGUUGUGGUAAGAACUGUAAAUUGUGUAAUUGUGGCUAAUUUCUAACAAUGUAUAUGGACACUUUGCAGUGUCUCUAUAAAGGAUGAGUUUUAUAACAUGAAAAAACAACAGCUCUGCUGAUGUGGAUGUGCUUGGCACAAAGAAAAAAAAAAAACAUCAAACAAAAGAACGGUAACAAUUGAGCUGCAUUUUCCCUAAGAUUUAUUCAAAAUGUGCAGUUUUAGAUUUCAGCCUCAAGACAAAUAUGUCAAAAUGAGCAAAACAGCCCUCCUAUGCAACUUCUGAUGAAAGGACAGAUUAAUAGUUUGUUAAUAAACCUUAACCCAGGCCCUCUAAACAAGUCAUAUUCAAUAAUAAUAAUAAUAAUAAUAAUACAUACAUACAUACAUACAUACAUACUUUUUCACCCAAUAAAAUGAACUAUCACACAGUUAUUUGAAUAGAAGUUUCAUUAGUAAAUCAUUAUUUUGAGUUAGAUCAGUGCAUCAGUUGAUGUAGAAUCCUCUUUAAUUGAUAUUUUUACAGAUUAUUCAUGAUUUUUUUGUCCAGGGUUGAUUUUUUUUUUUCAGCUGAUAAAGCACAAACUAAAGUGUAUUUCUGUCAUCUCUGUUUGUAAAGUGGAUGUGAACACA